AUGAUCACUUUAGAGGUGGAGGAGGAGGUGGAGGAGGUGGAGGAGGAGGUGGUGCGAGGCGUGGAGGAGGAGGAGGAGGAGGAGGUGCGAGGCGUGGAGGAGGUGGAGGAGGAGGUGGAGGAGGAGGUGGUGCGAGGCGUGGAGGAGGUGGAGGAGGAGGUGGAGGAGGAGGUGGUGCGAGGCGUGGAGAGGUGGAGGAGGAGGUGGUGCGAGGCGUGGAGGAGGUGGAGGAGGAGGUGGAGGAGGAGGUGGUGCGAGGCGUGGAGGAGGUGGAGGUGUGAGUCCAGGCUGAGUGGACGUGUCCCGGGGACGGGUGGGCCUCAGGAAAGGUUGUCCAGUGUCCAGCGCAGACAGUCUGCUGCCAACAGGAAGUGUGCGGCUCCUCUCCUGCUUCCUGCCAUUGUGCCGUGCUGCCAUCCACUGCCCCCACCCCCUGCCCUCACCCUCUGCCCCCACCCUCUGCGCCCAACCGCUGCCCCCACCACCUGCCCCCACCCGCUGCCCCCACCCUCUGCCCCCACCCUCUGCGCCCAACCGCUGCCCCCACCACCUGCCCCCACCCCGCUGCCCCCACCUCUGCCCCCACCACCUGCCCCCACCCGCUGCCCCCACCCGCUGGCCCCCACCCUCUGCCCCCACCCUCUGCCCCCACCCCCUGCCCCCACCCCCUGCCCCACCCUCUGCCCCCACCCUCUGCCCUCACCCUCUGCCCUCACCCUCUGCCCCCACCCUCCUGCCCCCACCCCCUGCCCCCACCCCCUGCCCCCACCCUCUGCCCCCACCCGCUGCCCCCACCCUCUGCCCCCACCCUCUGCCCUCACCCUCUGCCCCCACCCGCUGCCCCCACCUCUGCCCCACCCUCUGCCCCCACCCUCUGCCCCCACCCGCUGCCCCCACCCUCUGCCCCCACCCAGCCCCACCCUCACCCCCCUCCAGGGAUCAGUGUGGCCGGACUAG